AUGAUUGCUUCCUUGUUGGUGAGUGGAGAGGAAAAUUGGGCUGUGUUCAUUGCUUAUGGAAUCUUUGUUUCAAAUAGACUGAGUCUUGAUUCAGAAGAGGAGGCUGUUUAUUCAUUCAGUGGGCCAUGGUACAAAGUGAUUAGCCAGGGGGAGAUGAACAAAGUGAGAGAUGAAAAGGACACUGUCAUGGUUAAGGCCCCAGUGUUGAUUGACCUUAUUAUUGGGAAAGGAUGCUGGGCCUGCCAUAAGAGUAUUACACAUCUCAGUGAAGAGCAUCAACCUGCAUUAAAGAUCGGGCUGCACUAA